CAGAGCAGCAGUGAGGAGGGAGGAUCUCAGCGGGAGUAGACACACAGAGAGAGAGGGAGAGAGCGAGAGCGAAAGGCAUACAGAUAGAGGAGUGUGUGUUGUGAGCGUGGAUGUAAUCGGCUGCCUCUGUGUGUGUGUGUGACAGAAAGAGAUCAGCAGAAGGCAGAACGUGUGGAUGCUACUCCACAUGACUGGCUGCAUUUGGAUUCACGGAAGGAGAGCACACAACCACAGUAAAGGUGUGAGCCAGAUCUACCAGAGGCAAGUCUUAUCCAAUCCAACUCAAAUCCUCGACUUUCAAGUUCACAGGAGCAGUUUUUAGGUCUCCAGGAGCAAAUCCAGCAAAAGCUAAAGCCAUGGCAGAGGUCACUGCAGGAGGAAAAGUCUCAGAGAGUGUGGCAGACACAAACUGCUGACUGAACUGCAGACGCGCACCAGGGCAGAGCGCGGAGGAGUAAGUAGACAAGGCAGACAGAGCACGCGAGGCCUGACUGAUUGCGCCCAUGGCGAGCAAUAACACGGCCAGCAUCGCACAAGCCAGGAAGCUGGUGGAACAGCUGAAGAUGGAAGCCAACAUCGACAGGAUAAAGGUGUCUAAAGCUGCAGCAGACUUGAUGUCAUACUGCGAAGCUCAUGCCAAAGAGGACCCUCUAUUGUCACCUGUGCCAGCGUCGGAGAACCCGUUCAGGGAGAAGAAGUUCUUCUGUGCCAUCUUGUAAACUUGGCACAUCCCUUCAGCAGUCUUCUCAGUGUGGGGACUUUGAACAUGGACGUUCAAAACACGUAGAAAUCUUCUAGUAGGAGGGCACGGCGAUCAUUGCCCCCUUUUCUCGAACGGCACCUAAAGAGUGCAAAAAUUAAAGUGUAACCAUUAAAGCGGUGCAAUUGUUUUUGAGGGGGUGUGCGGCAUGUUGAAGGGUUCUGCGCUUUUAGAUGACACAAAAGGGAUGAUGAGGAGGAGGAGUGUGAUGAUAACCACCUAGAGACAUGAUGGACAAGCAGUCAACCUACCACGUCGUCGGGUUGUGAUGUGUAACAACAAAAAAAUAGAUAAAAUGAGAAAAAUAUGGAUGUGGUUCUUUUGGGACUUCCAGAUGUUUUGUUCAGUGGUUUGUGGGUUGGUUGAGCUCUGUAGGAAAGCAAAAAAAAACAAAACAGAAAAAGAAAAAAAACUACGCCUACCACUAGACGCCACCUGUAUAUUGGAAUGUUUUUUUUAAGUUGUUUAUUUUGUGUUUAUUCCAACUUUACCUAAAUAUCUUUCUAUAACUACGUGAUUACUGAAGUCUUUUUUUUUAAACACCAACAGGUUAGUGAAAACUUUUUUAAUGGGAUGUUUGACACAUUCGACUCUGUGACUAUUUACACCUUUACCUUUCAGAAAAUCAGUCUCUGUGUAUCAACAUCUAGCCUGUCUGGCACAUGUGAUGCAGUUUGUCUCCUUCAGAUACGAAUCCUCUUUCUACUAUUUGUAUGAAAUGACUAGCAAGUAAACUGUGCCGUGCUGUGAGUUCUGAA